GUCAAAGUGAAAGACUUGUUCAUAUGCCUCUCUAAGGACCAGCAGAGCAGGUGUCUGUUCUGACAGCAGCAGCAUACAAAAGGAGGAAAAGGUGAGACUAGUUGCGGUUAUGGAACGUUUUGGAAAACAGAAGUAUUUCACCUUUGUGACCAGAAAGACGAAAAACACUGAUGAGGACUUUACCAGAAAUCUCCACAAACACAGACCAAACCUGCAGAAGGUGUCUUCAGUGGAGGAGUGUGAUGUGAUUCUGGUUUUCUGUCCUGUUGUUUCACGAGCUGGAACUGAUAUUGAAGCAGCACUGAAAAAACUCAAUGACAAAUCAGCCACCAAACCUGCUGUUCUAGUGGUGCUCCAUCAUACGUUUGACCCAGACAGCACAGUACCUGACAGCAGCAGAGCUGUGUCCAGAGAAAAUACACUCACAGUGGACUGUCUGUUCCAUGAGGAUAAAGGACUGCUGCAGUGCAGGAGGAAUAAUACUGCAUUCGAAAAAAUCACAGAGUACUUAAAACUUCAGAAACCAGCAUCAGCCUUAACACGCAGGGAUUAUGGUGCUCUGAGUUCACAACCCUCAGCACAAUCUUUGAGGCAGCCACUGCUACAGUCCAGCAGGAGCAAUGCAGAAGAAGACAUGGAGUCAUGCUGUAGCAACUGCUGCUACAGUGACCUUUGUUGCUACAGUGGCCUUUGCUACAGUGGCCUUUGUUGUGACAGUGGCCUUUGCUACAAUGGCCUUUGUUGCUUUUGGUUUAGAAAAUUAUGAUGUAAAACAUAAAAGGAGUUUACAGAUGUAAUUUCCAGAAAACUUCAUUUCUGAUCCUGGAGAUGUUCCUCCCCAGAGAGAUCGGAUCAAACACACUUGACUAAUGUUCAGAUGUUACUGAAAGACUUCAUUACCUGAUCAGGUGAGUUAGAUCAGUUGGAGCUAAACUCUGGAGUGUGGUAGAUUUCUAAGAUCCUGAUUGGGCACCCUUUUUCCUGAAAGAUCAUUCCAUACCAAUCACCUAGGGCCUGGAAAAGUUCCGUCAUACGUUUCCAUAAAGACAUUCAAGCAGAAACUUCACUUGAAUUCAUGCAACCAUGUAAAAUUUCAAAACUGCUCCAAAUAGUUUUUGGGUUAUGAUUUUUAAAAUUUACCCCACCAGGUUUUACAUUACAGAGUCCCCAAAAGGCACAAUGUGGAAAAGUAUGUACUGUUAAUGCUAUGCCAUUAUUUUGAUGUAUAACUCAUUUUUCCAGCA